UCUUUGGGGUCCCUGGCUGGGGGCGAGGGAUGCCAGUGGCCAUGAAGCCCCGCCAGGGAGGCUCCUUGGCAGGGCUGGCAGCCUGGUGGGGGCUCUCCUGGCAUCUCCUUGCCCACUGCCAGGGCACCAAGGGCACCCUGCCUCGCCUCCGCCUCGCCUACAAAGAUCUUCUGGCCACUAAUCGCUCAGUCCUAUUUCUUGGGCACCGAGGAAUUUUGGAUUUCCGUUCUUUGUACCUUGAUGAAUAUCGUGAUCGCCUGUUCAUUGGAGGAAAAGACACACUUUACUCUCUUCGUCUGGAUCAAACGAACAUGGAUGCUAAGGAGAUUUACUGGCCUCCUCUCCCUGGGCAGAAAGAAGAAUGUUUUCGGAAAGGAAAAGACCCAGUGACAGAAUGUGCCAACUUCAUCCGAGUGCUGUAUCCUUUCAACCGGACACAUCUCUUGGCCUGUGGGACUGGAGCUUUCCAUCCCAUCUGUGCUCUCAUUUAUGUGGGACCCAGGGGUGAGCAUGUAUUCCGCUUGGACCCAACAACAGUAGAAAGUGGCCGAGGCAGAUGUCCUCAUGAACCCAACAGGGCAUUUGCAAGCACUUUCAUUGGUGGAGACUUGUAUACUGGACUAACAGCAGAUUUCUUGGGCAGGGACUCUGUGAUCUUCCGAACCAUGGGACACCGCUCCUCUUUGCGCACUGAGAUGGACCAGCGGCUGCUUAAUGCUCCCAAAUUUGUUGCUGCUUAUCUGAUCCCAGACAAUGAUGAUCGAGAUAAUGAUAAGGUCUACUUCUUCUUUACUGAAAAGGCAGUAGAGUCAGAGAGCAAAGGACGUGCCAUAUUCAGCCGUGUGGGAAGGAUUUGUGUGAAUGAUGCUGGGGGACAACGGGUGCUAGUCAACAAGUGGAGCACCUUCAACAAGGCCCGGUUGGUGUGCUCUGUCCCAGGACCAGAUGGCAUUGACACGUACUUCGAUGAACUGGAGGAUGUCUUUCUUCUAAGAACUAAAGAUGGGAAAAGCCCUGAGGUCUAUGCACUGUUUAGCACCAUCAGCAAUGUCUUCCAAGGCUUUGCCAUCUGUGUAUAUCGUAUGGCAGACAUCUGGGAAGUUUUUAAUGGACCAUUUGCUCAUAAAGAUGGUCCAGAUCAUCAGUGGUCAGCUUAUGAAGGCAAAGUGCCUUACCCAAGACCAGGAGUUUGUCCCAGCAAAACCACCAAUCAGCCAAGCCGGCAAUACUCCUCCACCAAAGACUACCCUGAUGAGGUUCUACAUUUUGCACGUGCCCAUCCACUGAUGAGCAAAUCUGUGUAUCCACUCCAUCGCCAACCUGUGCUGGUGAAAACCAACCUGCAACACCACCUGCGACAGAUUGUAGUGGACCGUGUGGAAGCUGAGGAUGGGCAGUAUGAUGUGAUGUUCAUUGGCACAGGUCAGUGUGGAUCGCAUGGAGCGUUAAGCCUUAGCCAUACCUGGAGAGCUACAUCUUCUGGGUCGAAACACUCUCCUUAA